GUAUUAAGUGAAGUGAUACAUUAGGUAGCUUUGAUCGUUUAUAUUUCUUGUGGUUUUGUUUCUGUUUGAUCUGAAAAUGGCGGAGGAGCAUGCCAACAAGGUGUCUGGGUUCGAUGAGCAAGGAGCAGUGGAGAGCAAGGACCGAGGGAUGUUUGAUUUCUUGGGGAAGAAAGAGGAGCAGAAGGCUGAGCCUCAACAUGAAGCGGUGGCCACAGAGUUCGAGAAAGUUAAGAUAGAAGAAACAAAGACAGGCGAGGAACACAAGGAGAGUGAGAAGAAGCCCAGUCUCCUCGAGAAGCUUCACCGAUCGGAUAGCAGCUCCAGCUCUUCCAGUGACGAGGAAGAAAGUGAUAGCGGAGAGAAGAAGAAGAAGAAGAAGAAGAAGAAGAAAGGAUUGAAAGAGAAGAUUAAAGAGAAGAUCGGUGGAGAAAAGAAGGAAGAUAACACCGCCGUCCCGGUGGAGAAGUGCGAUUCGGAAACGCCGGAGAAGGGUUUCAUGGAAAAGAUCAAAGAGAAACUCCCCGUGCAACACAAGAAAGAUGAAGAGGCUACCGCACCGCCACCAGCUGAGAAAGUUACGGUGGUGCACCAUGAAGAAGAGUCGAAAGAGAAUAAGGGAAUCUUGGAGAAAAUCAAGGAGAAGAUCCCCGGUUAUCACUCCAAAACUGAGGACGAUAAAGACAAGGAGAAAGAGACCACUGCUUCCCACUGAAGACUCAACUCUCUUUAUUUCAAGUAAAAAAAUUUCUAUGGGAAUUUGCUUCUUUUUUGUUUUUCUUACAUAUUUAAUGUUUGUGUCCUUUUUUCUGUUUGAAGUAAAAAAAAAGUGUGUUACUGUAAUGAAAUAGUAUUAUAUGUAAUAAACUAUUAUGUACUUCCUU